UUUUACAAAAAUAAUAGCCAUUCGGUUGUUGUUUUUUUAAACCUGUAUCUGAUUUCUAAUAUAAAAUUGUUUAGGUCAUUACGUUAAGCAUUCGUUUACUUUAUUUGUUUACUUUAAGUCUGUGUUUUAAGACUUCGACUGUUGGUGGUGGUGAUGCACCAAAACGUCGACCAACAAAUAUAGGACAGAAGAAGAAACACGGAACUGUCAAACAGCAUAAUGUAGAUGCAUGCCUGUAAAAAGAAAACAACAUUUUUUUAUUCUGUUAGUGUCCGUUGAAACAAUGGCGUCUGACAGACAACAGUGUUCGUGUUGCUCCCAUCCAGUCUCCUCUCCUAGUGUUUACCAGACGCUGAGUGAAAUGGAUUUUGAACGAGGUAUCUGGUCUGCUGCAAUGGAUGGGGACUUGGAGAGGGUUAGGUCCCUGGUCCAGAAGGGCACAGACCUUAACCUGAGAGACUCCGCUGGAUACACAGCUCUGCACUAUGCAAGUCGCAGUGGUCAUCACGCUGUAUGCAAGUUUCUUCUCGAGAAUGGUGCUUGUGCAUCUCCCCAGACACCAGGCGGUGCCACACCGCUCCAUCGAGCAGCUUACUGCGGCCAUCUGGAAGUGGUUAGACUCCUGCUGCACCACAGAGCAGAUCCAAAGGUCUUUGAUGACGAUGGUGCAUCUCCUUUACAUAAGGCUGCAGAACAGGGACACGGAGAGGUAUGUCAGCUGCUUGUCGAGCACUGUGCAGCGCUCUGCAGCCAGGUGAACAAGAGGCUCCAGCUCCCCUUCCAGCUGGCACCGCAGGGAGACCUGCAGGAGCUCUUAAAACCAUCUGACGACAGACACGCUGCAUCUGGGGCAUGCUGAGAUCAGAUAAAUGACAUAAGCUCCACAUAUACUGGGUGUGGUCCGCAUAGGUCAGAACACUGAUCUUGACCCGGAUUCACUAAAUUACAUGUGGCAGCUUUUUUCCUCAAUUGAACAUCAGAAACAAGCCAAACUGGGUGGAAACAACAUUAUAUUUUCUAAGAAAAGAAAAAAGACCCCAGGCACUCUCAAUGUGAAAAUUCUCAUAAAAAGCCUUUAUUUAGAUGAAAAUUUCAUAUCUAAAUCUUACAUUAAGGGUAGAGCUGGACAGCAAAUCACGCAUAUUGGCACAAAGCAGCCUUCUUUAGGAAGUGCAUUUUCUAGCUUCAUACCAUAAACCUUAUCCUGUUUUUCUUUUUUUGUUUACUGCUUGUGUAGUUUAUAUCCACUGCGUUACGGGAUUGCUGCGGUGACCCCAGAAAUUUCGCCAGUUGUCCCUCUUUAAGGCCGGAUGUCCGUUACCUUUGGCUUUCUUUGUGUUGUAAUUUUAAACUCCAACGGAUUUCUGAGGACUAUAUUGACCUGCUCCUCAGAUCUCUGCCGGGUAAAUCCAGACAGCUAGCUAGACUUUCUGUUCAAUCUGAGUUUUCUGUUGCACGACUAAAACAACCUUUUAACUACACAUGUUCCACCAAAACAAGUUCCUUCCAGAGGCUAUUUUGCAGCUGCACCGGGGCUCGGUCCGGCUCUUAGCGCCGCCCAUGAAAAUUGUGAUUGGUUUAAAGAAAUGCCAAUAAACCAGAGCACAUUUUUCUCCCAUCCCGGAAUGCUGUGUGGACUAGGCAGACCCUACUCCGCAGCACUGUGGUGGAAGGUCUGGCAAUGGGACACUACCGCUUGUGUAGUAAUUACACCUCCUUAGCUAUAGAAAAGCCCAUGCUACACUUGUCCACCACGAAAUUUGGGCCAGUCGUUUUUCCGGUAAAAUAACAAUUCUGUUUGCACACGUGAAGAGUAAGUUACAUCUGAGGUAUUUAGUGUUAGGUUUGAGUGAUAAGGAAAUAGACAAAUUUGAUUGAUCAGUGGGCAAAAUCAAGGGAAUACAACCACCUCACAAUCUGAUGCUGGUAAAUCUUUGAUAUUAAAGGUGUGUAGGUGCAAUGAUCUUUAAUAUGGAUUAUUUCACUGUGGAAUUAGCCUGACAUACAGAUUUCUUAAUUCAAUUCAAGAACUAGCAGGUGAACAAGUAACCUGACAGAGUGACAGGAACAACAGUCCAGUGUAAAAAGCACACAUUCUUGUUAUGAGUGCUGAAGUUUCUCUCUUCUCUUUUAUAUUAAUCCACUUAAACCAUCUAUUUGUAAAACUUGAAAUGAAUUUGUGCAGCGUUUUCUCUCAAUGCAGCAUGAAUUGGUAUUUUCUUUAAACAUGUGACAUGUUUAACAAAGCAGUUUAUAUUAAACUGGAGGAGAGCAUC